GGUCACGUCUUGCGUUGUCACACCUAACACAGCACAUUGGGGUUCGACAAAUCGCGCUAAUUGUGUUGCUGCUCAAAAUAAAGCUACAAGCUACAUGUCUGAUCAGGGCUUGACAGGCUUGCCAUACAAACUGAAAGAAUUUUACCUUGAUAUCUUACGCAAAGCCAAUCGCGACAACCUACACCUCUAUGUCACCAGCUACGUGAACUUCUUUAAUGAUGCUACAAGCGACUUCGAAGACACAUCGUUCCACUAUAUGUGGGGAGGUUACAGGCCACCCUCGGACUGGCCAAUAAGUCGUAUUGUGUACCUCUCAGCUGGUCUCCGAACUGAACUAAACACACUCGUGUCCCGCCUUAAUGGAGCUAUUGCCAACGCUGUAUUGAAUGCCAAUAGUGAAUAUGGUCUAUCACAGGUCCACUUCGUCAACCUCGCGCCUCCUUUCUCUGCAGGUCAUCGAUGGUGCGGGAACCCAAAUGGUGAAUUCCACGAGCCCGAUCAGUCUGGCACCGACACCUGGUUGUUCCUCAGUGGUCGGAAGGAUAUUAGUAUUGAGUCCGCCGCGGACGUGACAGACGCUCUAGAGGCAGCAGAUAGCAUCAAUCAUCUCCUCGGGUGGCAUCGUUUUGCCGAAUGCGGAUUCGUGCGAAAACGCGCUGGAAACCGAUCCAGACCCGUAUGCUUACGCGAUGUGUCAAGUUUCAAUAUUAAUUUCAGGAGACCCCACGGGACCAGAGGCAACAAGAUAUCAGGCAGCGCAAAUGGCUAUCGCAGCCGGAGAUUUCAACAAUCAAGAAAUUGCUGGCUAUUUGCCGACUAGACAGAUCAAAACUUUUCACCCUAGAAGCCCUGGGAUGGUGGCAUACAGAGAUGCAGUUCUAAGCGCUAUUACAGAAUUUGGGCAGUUGUAGCAGUCAAGUACCUCAGAUUGUUUAAACAUCAAAGCUUGAGUAAGAUUAUGUACGGAAGAGGCUUUCAGUCAUUAGGAAAGGGAAGUUGCGCGUGAACUCAAAGUGAGUAACAACGAGAGCAUUUUCCAACAACGCAACGAUUCCCUCCCAGUGGGAAUACAGUGAGAAGUUCUUG